CAUAAGCAAAGCAACUGCUUAAAAUUGAAAAAAAAAAUCAGAGCUCAUUAAUUCAACUGAAGAGCAAUCACACCUACCCUACCCUCCGGCCUCCGCCGCCGCCGACGCCGACGAAGACCUAGCUCCCCCGUCGCGAUGGCCGCCGCCGCCCGCGCGGGCCGCCGCGGCGGCCCCGAGGCGCGCCUCCUCGUGGCGCUCCUCCUGCUCGCUCUGGUCGUCUCCGGCCACUGCCUGGACGCGCACCACCGCGGUCUGAAGCGCCGCCGCCGGAAGCACGAGAUCCACUCGCCGAUCAAGACGGUGGUGGUGGUCGUGAUGGAGAACCGCAGCUUCGACCACAUCCUCGGCUGGCUCCGCCGCACCCGCCCCGACAUCGACGGCCUCACCGGCCGCGAGUCCAACCACCUCAACGCCUCCGACCCAUCCUCCCCGGAGAUCUUCGUCACCGACGAGGCCGGCUACGUCGACUCCGACCCCGGCCACGGCUUCGAGGACAUCCGCGAGCAGAUCUUCGGGUCCGCCGACACCUCCGCCGUGCCUCCACCCAUGUCCGGCUUCGCCCAGAACGCGCGCGGGAUGGGCCUCGGCAUGGCGCAGAACGUCAUGAGCGGAUUCAAGCCGGAGGCCAUCCCCGUGUACGCCUCCCUCGCCGAUGAGUUCGCCGUGUUUGAUCGGUGGUUCGCCUCCGUGCCCACCUCCACGCAGCCCAACCGCCUGUUCGUCCACUCAGCAACCUCACACGGCCUCACCUUCAACGCCAGAAAGGAUCUCAUCCAUGGCUUCCCGCAGAAGACCAUCUUUGAUAGCCUCGAGGAGAACGGCUUGUCCUUUGGCAUCUACUACCAGAACAUCCCAGCCACGCUCUUCUACCAAAGCCUCCGCCGGCUCAAGCACCUCGUCAAGUUCCACCAGUACAGCCUCAAAUUCAAGCUGCACGCUAAGUGGGGGAAGCUGCCAAAUUAUGCGGUGAUUGAACAGAGGUACUUCGACUGCGAGUUGUUUCCUGCAAAUGAUGACCAUCCGUCGCAUGAUGUGGCCAGGGGCCAGAGGUUCGUCAAAGAAGUGUAUGAGACACUGAGGGCCAGUCCGCAGUGGAAUGAGACAGCCCUGCUUAUCACAUACGAUGAGCAUGGUGGAUUCUACGACCAUGUCCCAACGCCGGUUGUCGGAGUGCCCCAGCCUGAUGGAAUUGUUGGCCCAGACCCGUACUACUUCAAGUUCGAACGGCUCGGGGUGCGUGUGCCCUCCUUCCUCAUCUCACCGUGGAUUGAGAAAGGAACUGUGAUCCAUGAACCAAGUGGUCCGCAAGAAAGCUCACAAUAUGAGCAUUCGUCCAUUCCUGCAACAGUAAAGAAGCUAUUUAAUUUACACUCUAACUUCCUGACAAAGAGAGAUGCAUGGGCUGGGACCUUUGAGAACUACUUCAAAAUCCGGAAGACACCAAGAACUGACUGUCCAGAGACACUCCCAGAGGUGACAAAGUCACUGCGACCAUUUGGCCCCAAGGAAGAUUCAUCUCUGUCAGAAUUUCAAGUGGAAUUGAUUCAACUUGCCUCACAGCUUAAUGGUGAUCAUGUGCUGAACACAUACCCAGAUAUUGGCAGGACCAUGACUGUUGGGGAAGCAAACCGCUACGCAGAGGAUGCUGUGGCCAGAUUCCUGGAAGCUGGUAGGAUUGCUCUAAGAGCUGGUGCGAAUGAAUCUGCUUUGGUGACAAUGAGGCCUGCUCUCACCAGCAGGGCCUCCAUGUCCUCUGGUUUAUCAUCAGAGCUCUAAUACAUUGUUCCGCAAUCUGCGCACAAAUUCUACAUCAUCAUUCGAUUCCACUCUACAUCAUCAUUCACUUCCACUCUACAUCAUAACUGUUUUGUAAUGGGCAAGAGAGCCUCCCUCAGGUUGGUGUCGUGCAAGUAUGAUAGCAUCAUGUAAUGGAUAGGUCUUAAACAUGUUUCUGUAAAUAGAUGUCAUGAUAUUUGACAUCUCAGUGUUACCCUUCGGCAGACUGUCGUGGUAACACUGAGACAGCCAGAAAUAUCUCAUCAACUUAUCUGAUAAUAUACUAUGUCAAAGUCCCCUUCUGGGAUAAUGUGUAGCGGGGAUUUCUAAAGCAUUGUGGAAUUGUACCUAUUCAGUCUGCACUGUACCUGCUUGUUAAGCAGUUGAACUGCACUUUGGGGUAAUGUAUGAUAUGCUUCUUAAACAGGAUGUUUAUUUGUGCUC